UUGUGGCCAAAAUGAUUCGAAACGAUCGUAAUCGAUUAAAGGAUUCACGUUUUUUCACCAAAUUGUAUAAACUUUUCCUUGAAAACGAUCAAGGACGAUCGAAAAUUUUGGAUGUGACAAGAGUUGAUCGUCCAAAAUUUGUUGAAUUAUCAUUUGUUGGUUCCGGUUCGUAUGCUGAUGUGUUUCGUUCGAAAGCAAAUGGUGAAUUUGUAUUGAAAAUGAUACGUUUACUACCGGAUGAAAUAUUGAAACGAAUUCAAUCGUCUACUAUAUCCCGACAUACAAGCUAUUCAGAUGCCUAUCAAGAAUGUAAAAUUUCUGAUGCAUUAUCACAAUUACAGAAUCUGGUUAUCAAAAAUCGUUCUUACCGUUGUUCAAUAUUUCCUCAAAUAUUCUCCAAAUUCCUAUCCAAAGAUAUUUCUUUUAAUCAUAAAAAAAGUUACCAAACAUUUUCCGAAAUUGAAUGUCAAUAUUCAAUUGAUCCAAUUGAACAUUUUGGAAUAAAUGUUUCCAGAGAGAAUCUUCUGAUGGUCAUGGAAGAUUGUGGUCAAUUAAUGAUCGAUCUCAUCGAUGAUCUUCACCCAUAUGCAAUGUUAUCGAUAUUGAAACAAAUUAUCGUAGGUCUAAUGAUUGCAGAACAAGUUUUUGAAUUCGAACAUCGUGAUCUACAUUCGGGCAAUAUUUUAUUGCAGCCCUUUCAACAGCAUUCAAUUCCAUUCACAUAUGAUAAUAAAGUGAUAUCUAUUCCUAGCUAUGGCUUUUUGGUAAAGAUCAUUGAUACCACUUUUUCUCGUCUAAAAUAUGAUAACAUAAUUUACUUCAAAGACAUGACAUGUUUGUUUGAAAAUUUUGAGGAAAAAAAAUGUCGUCGUGCUAAUGAAAAAUGUCCAAUACGUAUGCAGGAUAUGAUUUAUGAUCAAAUGUCACAAGUUAUUCAAAAUGAAUGGCAAAAAUUUUAUCCAAAAACUAAUUGUAUCUGGAUAAAAUAUGUUAUUUAUAAGAUGCGAAAAUCUUUAUCAACUCGUAUGCAACAAUUUGAAUCUUCCACAGAUUCGGUAACCAAAAAUCGCCGUUCAUCAUUAUCAUCAAUGACAUAUGCACAUCGUGUUUACCGUUUGUUAGAACAAUAUAAUAGAUUAAUGGAUAAAUGUUCAAAUUUAUUGCAAUGUUUUUACACCAUUAUCAAUGAUCAAUCUGGACUCAAUGAUUUUGUUCGAAUAAGCUUUUUCACCAAUGCUGAUGAAUGAAUGGGGUGUGGUGGUAGUAAUAAUAAUAAAUAGUGAUGAAUGGUGUUUGUAAUUCUAGAUCAAAACACAGCAGUUUGAACACAUUUCGUUAUGGAUAAAAUAACAUUCGGUCUUUUUUUUCUAUUUUAGUGUGGCCAAAAUGUGACAAUAUAAAUAAACAAUGAUAAUAAACAGAGUUUGUUUUUUUUUAGAAAAAAUGCACUCAACUAUCAUUUCGAUGAUAACGUGUUUUAAUCAUUUUUUUUUUUUUUUUUUUUGAAUAAUCAAUCAAAUUUUUAAUCUCUGGUGAUCGAUUAUAUUUUACAAUCAAUUCGAUUUUUUUUUAUAUUAUUCGAAAUAUGUAUACAAUAUAAAAAUAUAAAUUGAAUACAUGAAUGGGUUAUCAAUUUUGUUUUUGUUUUUUGUUUUGGUAUUUACAAAAAUAACCUUGUUGCCUGAUGUGCACUUAUUUUAUAUAAACAAUAAUUUUCUGAACAGGAAAUUUUCAUUAUACAUCGUUUUUUUU